UUCCCCCCAAACUCGACUCAACCCAACCGCCCCUCCAUCUUUCGAGCCCCGAACCAGAUUCCAUGGCGUCCCUCUCCGGCGCCGCGCCGCCCAACCCCGUCACCCCGCUAGCCCUAGAUCCCAGCUCCACCCCCAACCCCAUCGCCUCCCGCCCCGCCGCCGCCUCCGCGCCGCGCAAGCGCCCCGUCCUCCUCCUCGACCAGCGCCCGCACCCCUCCACCCCGACCUCGCGCGCCGCCACCCCCGCCGCGCCCGCGUCCCAGCCGCGGCGGAAGAGGGCCCCUUCCUCCUCGGGCCGCCCGAGGUGGCUGACCCUGCUCAGCGUCGCCGCCAAGAACGCCGCCCUCCUCGCCGUGCUCAUCUAUCUGGGCGACCAGGCCUGGCGCUGGGCGCACCCGGCCCCCCUCGCGCCGCUCGACCAGGCCGCGCUCGCGGGGUACACCGCGCGCGUCGACGACGUCGAGGCCUCCCUCGUGCGCGCCUUCCGGGGCCUGCAGCUGCAGCUCGAGGCCGUCGACCGCAAGAUCGACGGCGAGGUCGGGGCCGCGCGGGGAGACCUCGCCGCGCUGCUCGAGGACAAGAGGCUCGCCCUCGAAGGACACCUCAACCAACUCGACGCCAGGACCGACGACCUCAACCACGCGCUGGGUGGGAUCAAGGGGAUGGAGUUCCUCAGGAAAGAAGAGUUCAACACAUUCUUGACUGAGAUCAAGGAGACCCUGGGCUCGGAUUCUGGGAGCGACCUCGAUCUGGACCAGGUUCGAGCUUUGGCCAGGGAGAUUGUUAUGAGGGAGAUUGAGAAGCAUGCGGCCGAUGGGAUCGCCAGGGUGGACUACGCGCUGGGCUCGGCUGGGGGAAGGGUUACUCGCUACUCCGAGCCCUAUGACGCGGGGAAACGUGCUGGUGGUCUUCUCUCUGCAUUCCCAUUUGGUGCUGGAGACAGUGCUGAUCAUCAGUCUCAGAAGAUGAUUCAGCCCAGCUUUGGGGAGCCUGGCCAGUGCUUUCCACUCAAGGGGAGCAGCGGCUUCGUGGAGAUCCACCUCAGGAAGGGGAUAAUCCCGGAUGCAAUCACACUCGAGCAUGUCUCCAAGGAUGUGGCGUACGACAUGUCCACUGCACCAAAGGACUGCCAGAUUUCCGGCUGGUACCAAGCGGCACCUACCGAGACCCCUCCAAGCCCUGCUGCAAAGGUUUACGCCUUGACUGAGUUCACAUAUGACUUAGCCAAGAGCAACGUCCAGACAUUCGAAAUAACCGCACCAGAUGUGGGCGUUGUCAACAUGGUUAGGCUGGACUUCACAUCCAACCACGGAAGCUCUUCGCUGACAUGCAUCUACCGGAUCAGGGUGCAUGGGCAUGAGGCAGUCACUCCAAGAAUCGCCAGUUCAUUGCCUUGAUUAGAUGUAGAAUCCUUCCUAUUUUCUAUGUGCUUUGCUUUAGUGGCGGAUUUCUCUGGGUGAGUCUUGGGAUGGUGCCUUGUACACUCUGUAAAAAGUUGAAUGAUUGUUUGCAGAACUCUUUCUAGUGAUCUAGUCCCAGCGAUUAUAGAUGUUUAGUACGUGACAUCCGUGAAUGGUCAGUAGCUUUUUGGUGGAUCACUGUUGCCUGACUUGAAACAAGUUUGGCUAAAAAAGAAAGUGCUUCUAUUCUAUCGAGCCCUUGAAGCAACUUGCAAACA